AUGGGUUGGUCAACUACGUUAUGCAAGGCUGCUGAGCAGUUUGACAGGGGCGCGCGCAGCUUUCCUUUCGCGAGCGAGCUUAGCAUUGUAGACAAAUAUGGGUACAAUCUGCCAAAUAAAGACUACGCGAAGCUCUUCUCCUGCCAGGCAACGGUUCCAAGCUCGAAGCGCCGCAGCAGCCACCACAGACCUCACAGCGCAGGCUGGCUGGUCCCAACCAAGGACACCGACAGCGUGUGCAAGCCGGUCUUCGUUGCCUACUCUCUCCUUUCCGCUAUCUGGUUGCUGCACGAAUCGCUGCCAGAGGGGGCUCUGUCUGACGAGGCCUGGAAUCGCCUCGUCUGCGCAGCCCAGUCGCUUGCAGAAGGCACAGGGGAAGCACCGCCAUCCGCGCAAAAGCCGUCUGCCUCUUCUGCUGAUCGCAGAAAGCGGCCAACCCCUUCUUUGUGCGUGUUGUCGCCAAAGCGCGCACGCACGGAACCCGCAGAGACGCCUCUAAGCAGCCCUCAGCGGUCAGAGCACGGUGAACAAUUUGCACAGCGCACUACCAGCAUCACUAACAACAACCGCCGCGCUGAGCAAGCACGCACAAGGAAACUAGACAAUGCACGCCGCAAGAACCGGCUCAGUCUUGGCUUAAGAGAGCCGGGCAGCAAGGCGUCCUCUGCAGAGCGCGCGGCGUAUGCUUCCAUCUCGCGACAAGACAAGGCUCUUGUUGCGUGGAUCAUCAAACAGCCCGUCGCAGAGCACGCCGACUUCUACAGCACUGCCCAGGCGCCCUAUGCCAAGGCUUGCGAGCUUCUGGAGAAGGCGCGCGUGCUGGGCAACCCAUCUUCUCGCCACCACGCUGCCCAGUUCCUGCAGACCUGGCGGGAGCGCGGUUCGCCCUUUGGUGGUGGAGUCGCUGUGCGGCACGACGUGCUUCGCUACUUGCAGCGAGGGCGCGAUGUGCCCCCAGUGCAGUCUGCCUACCCCAGGACCACAGACGGAGAGUUCUGCCUGGCUUGGGACAGGUGCAGGCGCUACGCGGGCGUGCUGGCUGCUGUGAACAUUGAGUACAGGUGGGCUGAGGCGCUGCUAGGCAAGGCGUACGCCGACAAGAUCCUUCAGAUCCAGGAGGGCGACCAAGCCAGCAGCAGCAGCAGAUCGCGCAGCCGCAACGGCAAGGGGCAGGUCCGCACUGAGGCCAUCGCAGCCCUGCUGGCGCUCGUCAACCUACACCCUACCCCCAAGGAUAGGGAGGCCUUCCGCAAACGCCUGACAGUAGCCACGCGCUGGUACAGGGUCGCUGAGGGAUUAGGCUGGGGCACGCUCAUGCUCAUGCCGUACGACAAGAUUGCAAGCUCCUGGAUCGAGUCCACAGUCCGCGCCUGGGGCCUAGAUGCCUGGAUUGAGCUGGUGAAGAAGAUUCGCCCAGACGUCUGCGCUGCGAGCAAGGCGCUUAAGAACUGGCUAGGGCCAGAAGGCAUUGCUGGGUGUCCUAUCGGCAAAAAAGAGAUGCUGGGCAUUAAGGCAGACGCGCCAACAGCGAGCUGUGCAAUUAAGGAGAUUCUUGACAGCGAAGAUGACGACAACAGCGUUGUUGAGCUGUUACAGGCACACGUAAGCCCAGUAAGCUCUAUCGCAGAUGCGCCGCUGCGCCAGAUAAUGCUGCUAGAGUUGUUCCACCCUGUAGACGAAGUAUGA